AGCAUCUGUUGCACGUCAGUACAAUUUUAGAUCUCGACCGAGCACGUUCGUCCGGAAAAGCUAUAUACCCCCGAUGCUGGUUGAUUGUCUUUGGUAGUAAACGCGGAUUCAAUUAGCUCAAGGGCCCCAAGAAACAAAAAUUUCCGUCACCCUGCAUCAGAGGAUCAUGUACAUUUACCCGAGCUCCCCGGAAUCAGCAUCAUCCUUGCAGUCCGAAGAGAGUGCGGCCAUUAAAAUUCAGGCAGGAUUUCGUGGAUACCGAGUGCGCAAGCAGAUCCAUCGAUCAACCAAGUCCUCCAGCCAGAACAGCACCUCCAGCCAUCGGCGAAACCAGCGCCAAAGAUCACAGAACAACGCCCUUAUGGAGAACCAGGGAAACACUCCUCGCCCCAAUGGCGGCGAUGCGAAGGCGAACGGAGAAAAUGGCGGAAAGUCGGUAGAGGAUCGCAGUGCCACCAAGAUCCAGGCAGGAUUCCGGGGCUUCCUGGUGCGCAAGCAGCAGAAGAUUGCUAAGGAUGCGGCGGUGAAGAUUCAGGCUGGCUUCCGGGGAUUCAAGGCCCGCAAAGAAUUAAAACAAUGUGAGCCCAUUGCAUAGUGGAUGGGGUGGUCCGCCCCUUCGAAUUUCUACUGUACAUACAAGAAUAUGUGUAUUCAAAUACCUACCUUUUAGUCAAAUAUGUGUCGUGUAAAUAGCUUAAUCUUAAAUGAUAGUUUCUCUCCACAAAGAAUAAAAUACUCUCACUCAAGAAACUGAAAUCUUGAAAGACAACUUUAUCCAUUAA